AUGUCUGCAAGCCCUUCACCUUCCGCCGGUGGCGACACCAAACAGUCUGAUCAGAUUCACUUCCGCUUCUGCCGUGAAUGUUCCAACUUGCUCUACCCAAAGGAGGACCGUCAUACCAACCAGCUUAUGUUUACCUGCCGUACCUGCCACGUCGGAGAACCCGCCACUUCCUACUGUGUCUACCAGAACAAGCUGAACAGUCAGGUCGGCGCCACCGCCGGUGUCACCCAGGAUGUCAGCUCUGAUCCUACGGUUUGUGGCCCCGAAUUCCUUCACGACCUUGGUUUUAUUCCUGGAUUCUGUUUGUGCUGUGGGCAUGAGAUCGCCUGCUGGGUUUGCGGCGUGCUCCCUUUUACCGCUUCCCAGGCCUCCAACGUCGCUCAUACGCCUAGUCCUGAAGAUGAUGACACCCCGAAGACUGCACCUUCCAGCACACGCGAUUCUUCCCUUCUCCCCCGUGCCAACAAAUUGUGCCCCAGCUGUGGCGAGAACGAGGCAGUCUUCUUCCAGUCGCAACAACGUUCCGCGGAAACCGGAAUGAAACUGUACUACGUCUGCUGCGCCUGCGGUAACGUGUUUAUGUGA